AUGUACAACACAGUGGACCCGACGCAGCGACACCUGUACACUCGACCAGCACACAUUAGUGAGCGUCUGUGGAACCAGGCCGAGCUGGACAACCCAGACCCGCUGAACUGCGCUCCUGUACCCAUUUUAGGCUUUGACAGCCUGUUGAAACGAAUCAAGGCACAGCAGGAACAUGCUGACAAGUACAACACGUACACGGAGGACCUACGAGAGCAACUUAAGGAGAUGGACAAGCACACACGAGCUACAGAGGAAAAGCUGGAGAAAUGUCGCCACGAACACGUGCAGCUGUUCCACGCACUUGUGCAGGUCAUGAGGGAUAUCGAGUUGCUGCAGAAUUACGGCAAACCGCUGCAGCGUGAAGAGAUGCAGCUAGCGAUGAUGUUGAAGAAGCUGCAGACAUUGCUGGACUCGCCUGGCCAGUACAAGGCACGACUAAACGACGCUGUGUCACUGCAACGCGUCCAGAAGGAGACGCAGUCUUCCCCCGUCCAGCCAGCUCAGUCCGCAGGACUUGCAGCGACUUUAUGA